AGCUUGUGGUGGCAGAGAUGCUCUCCAGAUCACCAUGGAAGCAGGGGGGACAUGGACCGGGCAAGGCUACGCCGCCCCAUGGAUGUACCACAGUGUGCCUGGGCAGUACACCCUCUUGGAGAAACAGCUCAUCCCUGACUUGUCCCCCUCCCGGCGCCGCCCCGUCUCCCGGGUGCUCCAGGACUCCACCAACUGGCACAAUGCGCAGCUCCCACCCCGCUGGGGCCCGCUGAAGCAGGAGAGCCAGUGGUUUUCUGGGAAGGACUUGAGCAGGGCAACCUCAUCCCCAAAGGUCCAAAGGCAGCAACCAUUGUGGCCACCACCACAGUGUAGCCCCACUUACGAAGGCCUGCGCUCAGUCUCUAUGAGGGAUGGGAGCUGGGGAGCAAACAGCCCUCCAGGCAGGAAUGGCCCCAUAGGCUUCCUUGCUGGAGGUUCAUUUGCUGCUGCUCCAAGCUGCCAUUGGUAUCCUGGAAGAUCCUCUGCAAAGAAUAGGGUCAAUCCUCCUACCCGGGCCCCUCCAAGUUAUGAAGCCCAUAUGCUGUUGCGCCUCCGGGCUGGGCAGGGCCCCCGCAAAGAAAACUGGCCUCAUCCUCCACCGUAUGUUGCUCCACCUUCUUAUGAGGCACCCCACUGCACAGUCCGCCCCCAGUCCAAGCUCUUGCCGUGCCAGCAUCCACAUAAGGGAGCUUUAACAGGAAAGCAGAUCCAAACAGUGGGACCCAAGAAGUAUGGGGAGAGAGUGACAGGGACCUGUGAGACAGGUGGGUCAUUGAGCCAUGGUCCUGGAAGGAAGGCAGGGCGACACCAGGCUAAAAUCCCAGGUAGCUGGAGCUACCUCUCUGGAGCCAGCACGUGGGGUGGCCACUGGAGGGAUCCACAAAGGUCAGAGUCCGCCUAUGGCCUGAUGCCCAGUUGGGACACAAACCCCCAACACCAAAGCCACACCCUCCCUCGGGCGAGUAAGAGGAAUAAGGGGGUGCCCGUAUCUGUGCCCGUGCCUUGUCCCCCUCAGCACACGCUCCCUGUGGGUUGGGGCUUUAGCCAUGCAGUGGGUUGGCUCCCUGGAGAUGUGCGGGAUGGUGGGAGCAAAGUGGGAGAUAAGCACAGCAGAAGCAUCUUGCCCAAGUGGAAGGAGCCAAGCCAUGCCAGGGACCCUGGGGGGAGCCAGGGGUCGCUAUCAAAACUGGUGCCACAAAAGCGUGGUGGUCUCUUUGUCAUCGAUGCCACAUGUGUGGUCAUCCAGGCCCACUACAUCCCAGCUCCCCGGACAGAGCGAGUCCGUUAUUUGGGCCAAGAGGGGCUGGACAAGGUCAAGGCUCCCCUGUCCCCUGGUCCUGUAGCCCCUGCCUCGAUGGAGGAGCGUGCUGCUCGUAUUCUGGGCCUAUCAGUGAGUGAGCUGGGGUUUGCAGAGGCAGGGAAAGGGAAAAAUGUGGGAGCCGAGAUGCCCGAGCAAAAGGUCAAUGCAGGCUCUACAGCCAACCUGGCUAUGCCUAAGGACAUCUGUGGAACAGGGCAGCAUAAAGGGGCUCCUUCUCCCCCAGCCAGCCCUAGGGAAAAAACCAUCACCCCAACUCCCAGUAAUAUCCAGAUAGAGCCUACACAGCAGGUGCUGCAUAACCCUGAGAAAACAGUAACACCAACAGUUCCUUGCCAGGAAAGUGGCUGUGCUCAACCACAGGGAAAGGAAGAACCGGAACCAGAACCAGUGUUUUCCCCACUGAGCAGGUCUUAUGCCCUGGAUCUGAAAGAAGCCAUGUCAAGAAUCCGCCGGCACACAGCCCCAGAUUCAGAUACAGAUGAAGAGCUAGAGAAAGAUUGCCAUCCGGUCUGUGGGCGGCCGGCUGAGUGGAGAGGGCGGCUGAACGAAGGCGCUCUCUCUUACAGCAGCAGCAGUUUAGACAGUAGCAGCUCCAAUGCCACGGUGGUGCCGGGGAAUGCCACCCCUACCCCGAAAAAUCAACCAGAAGAGCCCCCUGUGCGUGAAGGAAGCCACACUGAUCCAGGCAGUGCAAUGACCAUGAAGACAGAUUAGAAGAAAAGACUGCGGAAUAAUUUGGAGCCUUCAUUUGCCCCACUUUCCCAAGUGCCUGGUUUCCCCAUGCCUCUGCCUGCUCCCCUUUGCCAGAAGCUCAGGGACAUUUGGGGUUGUAGGGGAUGGAGAGAUGUACAUGGUGGAAAGCCUCUCCAGGAAUGUAACUAUGGGGGCUCCUAAAUGAUGGCAUUGCACCCUCACCCAGUAAUUCCAUACCUUUUAAGCAGUCCCAAUUAAUUAGAAAGCCCUGAUUAAUCCUCUUCCAACCCAUGUUUUCAGCUGCUUUUAAAAUGCCGCAGUUUCUCUUCCUUCCUCUCGCUUACCCCUUUUGUUCUCAGCUUACAUCAGUUGCUACCAACUGAGCUCAAAAUGGAAAAAUAGUUUGCAGUCAACAAAUCUGGCAGUAGGGAGUGGAAAGGAGACUUUCAGGCAAAAGCAAAUGGCUACAGCCUCUCCUAGCUUAUGUGCUAUUUCGUAUAAUUAAACCUUUCCUAUACUGAUCAAUGAUACGUUGUGUGACUGCGUAUGUUCUGGUUUCAAUUUUGAAAUGUUGGAUGGGAUGGAAUUUUGUCCCCAAAAUGAAUUUUCCCAGCAGUCCUCAAAUUCCUAGCACUGCAGACCUGGGCAUCAAAAACCAAUGAACACCUAGAUUUCUUCCAUUUGCUGUGUUUGUUUUCCCUCGGUAACUUUGCCUGCUCCUUUUCUUUGGAUGCCCUAACUGUAUUUCUAAAAGCUCAACUAAAAUGAACAUUACCCCUGUGGUAUAAAUUUGGGGACUAAAGAAAAAUUUCAUUUUAGGGGAAAGAAUUCUUCUACUGGGGGAGAAGGCAGCAACGCCUUCAUGAAUCCCUCCCCCUUCAUAGCUAACACCCAUGGUUUUCUCCCAGCUGUGCUCUUUAUUCUGUGUGCACAACAGCUAUGAAGGGAUCCACCACACAAUAAACCUCUAGUUACUCAAUGCUAGGGAUAAUCUACAGAGAAGCCAUCACCACAGUACCUUACAAUAUCAAACUCCCCACCUAGCCUUAGUUGAGGACACAAGCACUGCCUGGUGAGAGGAGGCUUCAUCCUGUUUGCAAAUGUUGACCUUGCAGUGGGCAAUAAACCUGCCAAGACCUUUUCUGCUUCUCUGUUUCUGUGCAGCUAUUGUAAGAAAUUCUAUGUGUGUGGGGCAGUGUUAUGAAUCGUGCAUAAAAUAAUAAAGUUAUGUUAAUCUGAGAAGUUGA